AUGAAUGUCCACAACUCCAAGGGGACAAUACCUUGGCGGCCACCAAUGUUUACUUCAACUGUUCUAAUCAAAGCCCUUAUCAACAAGGGGGUAAUCAUAAUCAAGGGUGGCAAAACCAAGGGUAGCAUAAAUGCUAUCUCUUUGCGGUCCGGCACCAUACUACAAGAGAGGAGCUCCAAGGAAUCAAAGGCGAAGGAGGCUACUAUUGAUGAAGACAUUGUUGAGGUGGAGAAUGUAGAAGAUGUGGAGGAGGUACAAGAAGUUGUUGAAGAGAAAGUUGCUCAAGUUAGGAAAAGUGGGCCCAAGGAAGAAGAUGUCUUGAAAGAAGCCAUGCCAAUCCCAUUUCCCACUUUGGCAAAGAGGACUAAAAAGCAAGUGGAGCUAGAUCCCAAGAUGAUUAAUGAAUUAGAAACUAUUCAUUUGGGUAGCUCAAUUUCUGCUUUGAUGGAUGCUAUACCGGAGAAAUGUGGUGAUCUCGGUCUUUGCUUAGUUUCUUGCACUAUAGAUGAUGUUGAAUUUGUGGAUUGUAUGUGUGAUCUUGGUGCUUGUGUGAGCAUUAUGCAUUUUCCUGUUUAUAAUGAAUUGGACCUUCCACCAUUGAAAAGGUCGGCAGCUCGUUUUGUUUUAGCCGACAAGAGUAUUAUUUCUGUGGCAGGUAUUGCUGAGGAUGUCUUAGUGAGCAGCAAGGGAUUGACCUUCCCAAUUGAUUUUUACAUCUUGGAGAUUCCUCCUAAUGAUUCCGGGAAGCCGUCAUCCAUUCUAUUAGGGAGGCCUUUCUUGAAGACUUCUAGGUUCAAGCUUGAUGCAUUUUUGGGCACUUACUCUUUUGAGAUUGAUGGUAGAACCGUGAGCUUCAAUUUGGAUGAGACUAUAAAGCAUCCGCCGGUGGACUGCUCUAUCUUCUGGUGUGAUUUGAUUGAUGAUGUUAUAGUUGAGAUCCACCAUGAGACUCCUCAUGAGAUGAGUAUGAGUAAAGGUCUAAGUGUGGAGAAAAAUAGUGACUAUGAUGUGGACUUCCCACCACCUCCACUAUUACAAGAAGACUCUAAUGAGGAGUUACAACCUUUCUUUCUCCAAUCAAAGUGUGCCUCCUUGGAGGAGGAUGAGGUAAUUGAGCCGGAAGAAGUGAACACUAAUGUAGACUUCACCCAACCUCCUAAAUUUGAUGUGUUUGAUAAUGAAGAAGGCUUAGAGGAAGUUGAUGAAGGGUGGCUACAAAAUGUUGAAGUGGACUUUAUCUAA